AUGACUACAGAAAGUGAGUCUCUAAAAUUGAAAUCGCUCCAUAAGGUUCUUGAGUCUCAAGAUACAGCGCCACUCAGAUACUUAGUAACCACGAGAUCAGGAGCCAUGAAUAUUGAACAGCGUUCAGUCAUCUGGCCCAAGUUGCUUGAGUUGGAUUCCUGGAAUCCUCCUCCACCUGUUCCGCACCUCAAGCACGAAGAUCAUGAACAGAUAACCAAGGACAUUGAACGAUCUUUUGUGUUCUAUCCAAAAACGAACCCUGAUGAAAUGCUGAGAUUACGUCAACGCCUGGACAAUCUGAUCAAUGAGACCUUGUGUGCAUAUCCAGGACUCAACUAUUAUCAAGGCUACCAUGAUGUCGCGUCGAUCGCCGUUUUGAUCUUUGAUGAUGUCAUGGCCUACAAAUUUAUGACCAAGCUCACACUGAUGUACCUCAGAGACCACAUGUUGCCAGAUAUUGAGUCUACAGUCAGAGAACUCAAACUGAUACCCGAACUUUUGUCCUUAGUGGAUCCCAAAUUACACGCUCUCAUUGGCUCAAUCGAACCCCUUUAUGCGCUGAGCUCGAUGAUCUCUCUAUUUGCGCAUGAUAUCGCAGAUUUCAACGGUCUAUGUUUAGUUUGGGACUUUAUUCUGGCCCAAAACAGUGCUGUUUCGGCGUACUAUAUUUAUGUGGCGGUACUUGUCUUUUAUAAAGAUGAUAUUUUGAACGAUCUGGAUGAUCUUUUGGGCAAGUCUUUCACGAGCGACGAUACGCUCACAGAAGAGACUGAGCUGAAUCUCUCGGACAGAGACCUUAUCCACGUGACCCUGAACAAUUGGAUAAGUCACAAUCUCAAGUGCAGCCAUCUUUUUGAAAUACUCAAGAAUGCCAUGCGGCUUAAGCAGAUACAGCAUGCUGAGGGCGUCGUCCCUUGACCCGGAACUCAUCCUUUUGCAUACGAGCGAACAGAAGCGGUAUCUGAAACGUUCUCGCGUCUCCAAAGCACUGGUUUCGCAUCACAAAACUCUUUCACUGGUCAUCAAGUGUUCUAUCGGUAUCGGAGUUGCGGGCUUAGUGCUCAAAUACUCAUUAGGGUCAAGCGGAUUCCGCCCUCGACAUCUUGGGGUCGUUCAUGCCGCAUCCCGGUGUAUCUCAUCGGCGCAAGGAUUUUUCGAAACGGUUUUCAAUGGAUUUGCAGAGUAGGGCAAUUAAAUUUUGACGUAGUUGGCAAAGAAUAACAAGGCGGUAAUAACCGAUCCAAUAGUGAGGAGUUUUGUAGACGAAAUCUGAUUGCUCUCGCAUGCUCCGAGAGUAAUCAUAGUCUUGUUCUGAUUGAAAAAGCUGGCAUUUCUUUGCUCUUCAAUAUCUAAAAUCUUUGGGGUGGAUGAGUUUUUAGACCAUCCUUGUUUAUCGUGAUUCGUCAAAUACAGCAAAUCAUCCUCCACGUUGUCAACAACUGUCUGCUGGACGUUUCCGAGAAAAUCUGUGAUUAGCACAUCAGAGAGAUUCCUUUGGAAUAGAUCUGUGCGAACGCCGGCAUUGGAGUGUAUUUUUUCGAAAGUGUACGAGUCCACCAGAUCCUGUAAUGUUGAUUUGCUGUCUUUUUCCAGCUUUUCCAGAAAUUCCAAGUUGAAAUACGUAAAUCGAUCGAUGACAGCCACCCCAAUUUCAGUAUCUGAAUGGUGAGAAUAUGAACUCUCAUGUAAAUCAGACGAACCAACAGCAAGAAUAUUUGGUGAAUAAAACUUGCUGUACAUGGUGUUCGCCUGACAAGUAUCAAUCAUGAAGAAAAUCUCGUUGUAGCGCUUCUUCUCGUGCAUUUCUUCAAAGGCAUCUGCAAUAUCAUAUGAAGAAAUCUCCUCCGCGUCUUGGAAUUUCAGAAACUCGUCUCCACCAUGGCCGGUCAUGUAGAUGAAAAUGUUCGAAUGUUCAUCGGUAAGCAGUCUUUUCGAUUUGGGCUGCUCUUCUGGCCAUCUGUCUGUCAAAAGACGAAUGAAGUUUUCAACCGUCACUUCGUAUCCACGGUAGUCGACUUCAAUGUUAUCGCCGUAUAACUCAAGCUGCCUAUCGGCAUUAUUGAAAACAAAUCCAGGGAACGCGUUUCUCGGAUUGCAGGCUAUGUCGUCCGAAAGCAUCAAGAUGAUUUGCGAGUCUGGAAUACCGAGUCUUUUGACCGUUCUGUACAUACUCAGCACAUUCGCCAUAUGCCUGUAGUUGAACCAGAAUCUCGAGGUUGACA